CAAUAAUAAUAAUAGUGCUAACAUUCUGUCCUUGAUGAUCAACAAUAAUGAUAUUACAAUGCAAAAUAGGCUUAUACUUCGUAUUACACAUCUAAAACGGAUGUCUCUCCCUUUGUCACUAUUAAAAAAACACAGGAUUUGCACAGAAUUUGACACGAAUUACCGACUUUUCAUGCCAAAUAGCUCGAUCCCAAAUGUUUUUUACACGAGUUUUGUAGAAUCUCUGUCAAAUUCUCUAUCAAUCUAGUAAUUUUUUUUGUAGUGGAUGCCGAUCCGAAUUCACUAAUCCCUAGUCAAUUCCAUCCGGUCGAACUCGGUUAGCUCAGGAAUCUUCGAAGCUCGAGGAAUCAAUCGAGUAUGCCUUUGAAAAACUACAAAAGGAAAAGAGAUGGAACCGAAUCCACCCAAUCUUCCCAAGACAAUAGUAGAGUUAAACAAUAGCUUAUCACUUUUAGAAUUUGACAGUACAGUUGAUGGCGAUGCGACGGACUACUCCCACUCCGCCUUUACCCGCCCAUGCCUAUUUCCCUACCCUGCUUUACCCCUCCGCCUCAUAGAAUUUGAGUCUCCCAAUGCAUCAAAAAAAUAAAAUCUUAACACUGUAAGGACUUCUGCAGCUGUGCAGCGAACAAAGGGACAGCUCCUUUAUAGAAGACCUAAAAGCCUUUCAACUUUAAUUCUCCUCCUCUCUCCUCCCUCCAUUUCCUUCCUUUGUUGACUAAGGAAUUGAAUAUACCAUGGGUGGAUGUUUACUGAGCUUUAUAUGUACGGAAAGGACGAAGAAGAAGCAAUGCUGCUUUCUGCGGAGAAUGAGAGCCGCCGUGAAGAAGGCGGUCAAGAACUGGUGCGGAGGAGGCCGCCGGCGGCGGCAGGUGAAAUUCCAAUACGACCCUUGGAGUUACGCACUCAACUUUGAUGAUGGGUUUGGGGAUGAGGAGAGGGCAAAUGCGAUAUUUCAUCACCAUGCCUCCUGUUCUUCUUCUAAAACUGUUGCUGCCACUACUGCAACACUGGUCUUUGUUCUUUGGUUAGAGGCAUAGCCAGAAAGCUAUAAAAAAAGAUCGAAUUGCAGAUUUUUCUUGUCUUAUUGACUUAUUGUUUAGUUAAUUAAAUGUUUGUUUAUUACUCCGUAUGUCUUAACCAUUAAUUAAUUAUUUACGGUUGUUCAGAACAAGUAAUCUGCUAAUACUUAACCUUAGAUCACCAUUUUAUGGUGGUGACCUGCUUGAAGGAAUCGGUUUUUUCAUAGUACGGAGUAU